GUAAACAACAAUAAGGAAGUGAAACAGGAAGCUCGAGGUGCAAAAGAGUCACGUUAAAUACAUCAAAGAACUUAUCGAGAAUUUAGCCGUAACUUCCUCCAUUUAUUUGUGUACAGUUCAGAAUUACUAUGCAGUAGUGUUCAUUAGUUCAUUUUCCGGAAGCAGUGCUUAGCGAUGGAAGGUUCCAAGUCGUCGAGCACAACCAUGCAAGUCAGCUUUGUUUGUCAGCGGUGCUGCCAGCCGCUGAAACUGGACACAUCUUUUAAUGUGCUCGAUCGGGUCACUAUUCAGGAACUGAUUGCUCCCGUAGUGACUGUGACCCCCAGUAAACAGCCUGACAGCAGUGAAGGGGAGACAGCACCGGAGGAGACGUUUGUAGAAAAUAAGCAAGAUGGUGUGUCCAGAAAAUAUAUUCCUCCUGCACGGAUGAUGUCCACAGAGAGCGCAAACAGUUUCACUCUAAUUGGCGAAGCAUCUGAUGGAGGCACUAUGGAAAAUCUUAGCCGCAGACUGAAGGUGACCAGUGACCUUUUUGACAUCAUGUCAGGCCAAACGGAUGUUGACCACCCACUGUGUGAGGAAUGUACUGACACUCUGUUGGACCAUCUGGACACACAGCUCAACAUCACUGAGAAUGAAUGUCAAAAUUAUAAGCAGUGUCUGGAGCUGCUAUCACACCUACAGGUGGAAGAAGAGGAGACCCUGCUGGCAGAGCUGCAGCAGCUUAAGGAAGAGGAGGAAGCUCUGGUGCAGGAUUUAGAGGCAGUGGAGGAACAGAGGGCUGCUGUGGCCCAGGAUCUGGCUCAGAGCAGGAUCCACUCUCAGCAGCUGGACACAGAAGAGCUACAGUACCAAAAAGAAUACAGUGAGUUUAAACGGCAGCAACUGGAGCUGGAUGAUGAGCUAAAGAGUGUUGACAAUCAGAUGAGAUACUGCCAGAUUCAACUAGAUCGACUGAAAAAGACCAACGUCUUCAAUGCUACAUUUCACAUCUGGCACAGCGGGCAGUUUGGAACUAUCAAUAAUUUCCGCCUGGGUCGACUUCCCAGCGUCCCUGUGGAGUGGAACGAGAUCAACGCCGCCUGGGGGCAGACAGUGCUGCUACUGCACGCUCUGGCCAACAAAAUGGGACUGCGCUUCCAGAGAUAUCGCCUCGUCCCGUAUGGAAACCACUCAUACCUAGAGUCACUGACAGACAAGUCCAAGGAGCUUCCACUGUACUGCUCUGGUGGCCUGAGGUUUUUCUGGGACAAUAAAUUCGACCAUGCCAUGGUGGCCUUUCUGGACUGUGUUCAGCAGUUCAAAGAGGAGGUUGAAAAAGGAGACACUGGCUUCUGCCUUCCAUACAGGAUGGAUGUGGAUAAGGGCAAGAUCGAGGACACGGGCGGCAGUGGAGGCUCGUAUUCAAUCAAAACCCAGUUCAACUCUGAGGAGCAGUGGACCAAGGCGCUCAAGUUCAUGCUCACCAACCUGAAGUGGGGACUAGCCUGGGUCACUUCACAGUUCUAUAACAGAUAAACCUGCUGGACUGUUGCUUUGGGAUCUGGACUCUGACCUGUAGCCACACACCCCUGAUCUGGUAACCGGAUUGGUCAUUUCAUAUCCAAAGACUCACAUACAGGAAAAACUGGUUAUGUCUGCACCAUCUAAAAGUCUUAUCAGGAUUUUUAGUGCAGAAAAGAUGGAGCAAAGACAGUCUGUUGUAAUCUACUCUCAAAUGCAGAAGGAUACAACUUUGUUAUAGGUGUUUAUUACUUAGCAUUUUCUGAGAUGACACUGCUUAGACGUUCUCCUCUUAGACCUGAAUGUCCUUUAUAUAUUACAUCUCUAAACACUUUGUCUACUGUUACACUGCAUAAUGUUCACAUAACUAUGUAGUUCUGAGAAUACAUUUGUCAGUCUCCCAGUUGUAAGCUUUGAGAUUAUGUGAUUAUUAUGGACAACAUGAGACUGUUAAUAAACAAUUUGGUAUUCCA